AUGAGCAGCGAGUUUUACACUUUCCACAAAGUUAGUGGAAAAGACAAUGAGACAGAGUUUAAAGUGGGUGGCAGAAUCAUUAACACCAUUUUGAGCUCCCUCCCAAAAGCAGAGGAAGAGAACGAGCUAACUUUAAAUGAAAGUUUUAAACUACUGCAUUUUAAGGCUGCGCUUGCUGCCAACAAGAUGCAUGACUUGACACAGAAAGUUAAAUCUGAGCCAGAAAGAAGUUCAACUGGCAAUGACUUGUCUUUGAAGCUGGUUCCUCCUCUCGCAAUGGCAGAUGAGCUGAGGGGUCCUUUCCAUCAGCUGCCUUCUGCCAAUGUCAACUAUUUCACAGGGGACAAAUUUGUGUCUUUCAACAAGAUUGCAUCAGGAGGGUUUGCAAAUGUCUUCAAAGCAAAACACAAACUGUGGAGGCUGAACCUGGCUGUGAAGUGCUCCCAUUUGUUAUGUGAGGAAUCCUCUUCAUUUGAGAGGAACAUGAGCCAUCUGGCAGAGGAGGCAGCAAAGAUGUUGAAAAUAAAAUUCAAGUAUAUUUUGCCAAUAUAUGGGAUUUGUACAAAACCUACUCGGAUUGUAAUGGAAUACAUGGAGAAUGGUUCCGGAUAAGCUGCUGUCAGGUACACGUUAACUUGGCUGAUGAAGUUCCGUAUUAUUCAUGAGCUGGCAAUGGGAAUGAAUUUGCACAGUAUGAACCCACCCAUACUUCACCUGGAUCUGAAACCUGGAAACGUACUUGUGGAUGAGAACCUUCAUAUCAAGAUUGCAGAUUUUGGAUUAUCAAAAUGGGAAGAUGAUUUGAGCAGUAUGGAACAAAUUGAAAGGUCUGUGGUAAGAGGAAUCAUCACCGACAUGCCACCUGAACUACUGUACAGACCUUCUGGAGUCAAGCAUGAUGUUUACAUGAUCUUUUCCAUUGUUACGUAGGAGGUCCUGACUCAACAGAAGUCCUAUGCAGGGACAAACACAAUGGCUGUGUUUGUUAAAGUGGUGGCAGGAGAGAGACUGUGUCUUAAAUUAUUUCUGGAGAAUUCUCCACAGGAGUGUGCACAGAUGGUUGACUUGAUGAAGAGAUGCUGGGAUCAGGAGCUAGAACAAUGGCCUGCGUUCUCAGGCAUGAGAUUAUUUAUAGUGGACCAAAAUGCCUUUAAAGAAACCAUUAUGGAAACUGAAAUGCUGUACAGCCUGUUACAAUUUCCAGAUAUUCAAAUCAACAAGCCAACAGAAGUACCAAAGUUGGCUUUUCCAUCAAGUAGCAAUGUCCAGAACGGAACAAUAAUUACAGAGAUUGCAAAUGGUGAAUUGCAGAAGUUGAAUCUGUUGCCAGAGACUGGUAGCAGUGAUAAAUGCUUCAUUGAUUUCCGAAGGGAACUUGUGCAGCUCCUAUUAGAUAAAGACAUCAGUAACUUGAAGAAAAUAUUAAGGAAGGAACAUGUCACCCUGAACUUUGUGAAGAACGACACUUUGUUGCACCUGGCUGUUUUUACUGGAGAUGUGCAGUUUGUCAAACUUGUACUGAAGUAUGGGGGCUCUGUAAAUGCCCAACCCAGAGGAUUAACACCACUGAUUAUAGCUGUACAGAAUAAGUUUGUGGACUUGUCCCUGUUAUUAACUGAGGAGGGAGCUGAUGUGAAUCUAACAGAUGAGGACAAGUGGACACCUCUGCAUUUUGCAUCUCAAAAUGGGGAUGAUCGGAUUGGCAGGAUGCUGUUGGACAAAGAUGCUCAAGUCAACAUAAAGGAGCACGAUGGCUGGUCACCUUUCCACCUGGCAUCUCAGAAUGGCCACAAAAAUGUGGUCUGAGUUCUCUUCAGUCGCCAGGCCAAUCUCGACCUACAGGAGAAUGACAAUCGUACAUUCCUCCAUCUUGCAGCUUAUCAUGGCCACUAUAAUAUCACCAAGCUUCUGAUUGGGCAAGGAGCUAAAUUAAACAAAACACAGGUUGGCCUCAGGUCUCCACUCCAUUUGGCUGCUGAAAGGGGUUUCUUCAGAGUUGCUAGGCUACUGGUGAUCAGUGGAGCUGAUGUUGACUGUCUGGAUGACUCUCAUGUCACCGCUUUGCAUUUCUCGGCACUGAAUGGUCACACAGGAAUCUGUAGAAAUCUCCUGAAACAUGGGGCGACCAUCAACCAAAUAGCCUUACAUAAUUGGACGCCUCUGCACCUUGCUUCUAUGAAGGGGCAAAUAACAACUGUUCAUCUGCUAAUUGGAGGUUUCUUUGACCUUGAUGUUGUUGGAGAUAUGGAAUGGACUCCUUUGCACUUGGCAACAUGUUAUAACCACGAGGAAGUUGCCUCAGAGCUCCUCGUCAGCAGAGCCAAUCCCAAUGUCACUGAUGUAUCUGGAUGGACACCACUCCACCUUGCUGCCCACAAAGGCAGGCUCCCCUUUCUAGUGAAACUACUUGAUCACAAAGCCAAUGUUAAUGCUGCCAAUAGUUUCGGGUGGACCUUGCUGCACCUGGCAGCCCUGAAUGAUAAUGCUACUAUUAUAAAGACACUGAUAAGGAACAAUGCAAACCUGAAAGCUGAAGACAUAUAUCAGAACACACCACUCCAGCUGGCCGUGAAACACCAGAAUCAAAGUGUGAUCAGUGUACUUACAGGGGAGGAGUUGUCCAAGGCUGAUUCAUCGCCCUAGAUUCAUACGUUGUACCACUAUAGCUGGUGCUUGAGCUCAAUGACAUUAAAUGCAAUAACCAAGGGGCUGCAUGGAGAAAUGAAGUGCAUUAGAAAAUAGAUUUUCCAUAUCUGGGAUCUGGACUUAAAUUCAGAUUGGACUCUUAGAUCAAAGCAGCCUCCCCACCCCCCUUAUGUGAAAACAGUGUUAGGGAUACAUCAUCCAGAGGGGUCCCAGUAAACUUGUCACCAUAGAACCAAACUGCUCAUAACAAUAUUAGUUAGAGGAGACUCCAAGCCUGCUCUGCCAUUCAAUCUGAUCAUGCUGAUUGUCUCUCUCAACUCCACCAUCCUAUCAUGCACUAUCGCCAUAAACCUUGAUUUCCUUUGUACUCAUAAUUUACUGCUUGAUAAUCUCACAUCAAGUGGGUAUGCAGGUAGAGAGUUCCAUCUUUCAGAAUGAAAGUCAAACUGUGAAUCUUUUGAGCAAUUUUGUUAAUGGAAUGAGUCUUGACUGUGAAAAGCCUCUAGUUUCUCUCUUCAAGACUUGGAUUGAAAAUCUCUCCAUUUCUCUCCCUUCUCCCUUUUUUCUACCUCUCUGUUUUCUCUCUCUCUCCUUAAACCCUGCAGACCUAAUUGUCCCGCUAUGCCUUUGUAGCAGUGUGUACAGGGCGUGUGGGAUUGGUGAAUCCAGAUCAAUGUCUGAGAACGAUAGAAACAAAAAUGGACACAUGGGAGUGAAGCGAAGAUGAAUAAAAGAGUGGUUUAUUCUCAAUAAAUUUUACAAAGAAAAAUGAUAAACGGUUAAAAAAUUACAUCAGCGAGGCACCACAUGGAAUGGGAUGUGACAAAGUUGUACCCUUUGUGGGGAAAUACUUGCAUUGGUUGCUCGGUGGGCUUUUUUUAUAUUGAGGGCAGAAGCACCUUUGAAAGGUUUUGUAGCAGAACCAUAACUUUCCAAAUCUAACACUAAUAUUUCUAAAUAUUAAGAUGGACUCAACACUU